AUGACUCGGCUCCUGCCAGCACCUCCCUUGGCAAGAUUGAACAGGGGCGCUACUAGCCUCACCACGCAUUCAGGAGACAUAGCAAGGCCGCAGAGUGACUUUCAUGGUUGGUUGGACAGCAUUCUCCAAGAGGGCAUCGCCACUGGAGCUCAAGGCGAGCGUCGCAGUCAGCUCAGGUCUGCCCAAUCAAUUUGCACCAUGUUGCUUCUUGCAGGCGUGGGAGACCAUUCCGGCCCAGCUUCUGAAGAUGCAGGCAAUGCCGAAGGCAAUGCUAGCUUAGACAAGACAGCCCAGGACGUUAAGUCAGACGCGCCGCCAAUGCUUUACGUGGAUGUGAAUAUCGCACAUGGACAG